AUGGAAGCAGAAAACCACACAGAAGUGUCACAAUUCCUGCUCCUGGGUCUCUCAGAUAAUCCUAAACUGCAGCCCCUCCUCUGUGGAGUGUUCCUGUCCAUGUACCUGUUCACUGUGCUUGGAAACCUGCUCAUCAUUGUGGCCAUCAGCUCUGACUCCCACCUCCACACACCCAUGUAUUUCUUUCUCACCAACCUGUCUUUUGUUGACAUCUGUUUCACCUCUACCACGGUCCCAAAGAUGCUGGUGAACAUCCAGGCACAGAGCAAAAACAUCUCUUACAUGGAUGCCUCACAGGUGUAUUUUUUUAUGAUUUUUGCUGGAAUGGACAACUUCCUCCUCACUGCGAUGGCCUAUGACCGGUACGUGGCCAUCUGCCAACCUCUGUACUACACAGUCGUCAUGAACCCACGCUUCUGUGGUUUUCUGGUUCUUGUGUCUUGGCUCAUUAUUUUCUGGGUCUCCCUCGUUCAUAUUCUAUUGAUGAGGCAGAUGACAUUCUGUAUGGGCACAAAAAUUCCACAUUUUUUUUGUGAACUGGCUCAGAUCCUCAAGGUGGCCUGCUCUGAUACCGUCAUCAAUAACAUUUUCAUGUAUGUAGCUACUGUCCUAUUGGUUGUGUUUCCUUUUACUGGAAUUAUUUUUUCUUAUUCUAAGAUCAUCUCCUCUUUAAUGAGAAUAUCCUCUGCAGGAGGGAAAUAUAAAGCAUUUUCCACCUGUGGGUCUCAC